CCACAUCAAAUCUUUAAAUCUUUAAAUUGUGUAUAGAACAUUUCUCUUCCCUCUCACUUCAUACACAAUGGCCCAACGUUUCAGACUGCGUAUAACUCGCGUCUUCCGACCCAAACACUCCCCUCCUACUCCAACUUCCGCCGCUCCACAGCCAUCGAAACGCCGUCGUAUCGUCUCCUUCAAGCGCCGCCUCUCCUCCGCCUUGCUCUGCCGCUGUUCCUCCAACUUCAACAACUCAUCCGAUGACGAAAACACCGCAAAGCCACUCGACUUCCACUGGCAAAACGACCAGAAGGAAUGGCACGUGGCUCUCCAAAACGACGACGAAUCACCUCGCCAGAAAAUCUACAACUCCUCCGUCUCUGGCGGCGACUCCGACGACACCGACAUUCUCGCACCCACGCUCCUCCCACCGCCACCUCACAAGAAACGACGUCGUCGAAAGAAGCGAGCGCCACUACUCAAACACAAUCGCAUUAGCACAUCCUCCGCCGAAACCGAAACCCUAGUCUCCUCUUCUAGAAGCUUCUCCCCCGAAGAAACCGAAACCCUAGUUUCCUCCUCUUCUAGAAGCUUCUCAACCGACGAACUCGAAACCAUCCGCGAGAAGCCACCAAAACGACACCGUUACAGAAAACCAAAAAACAAAAACCUCGAACCGAUGACGUCAUCGUCGAGAUGCAGCGUCACCGUCUCCGAGAGCGAGUCGCCGGCGAGGCUGUCGGUGUUCCGGAAGUUGAUACCGUGUGCAGUGGAAGGCAAAGUGAAGGAGAGCUUCGCGGUGGUGAAGAAAUCGGUGGAUCCUUACGAAGAUUUUAAGAAAUCGAUGAGCGAUAUGAUUUUCGAGAAGGAGAUGUUCGAGGAGAAAGAGCUGGAGCAGCUGCUGCAGUGUUUUCUUAGCUUGAAUUCCAGGCAGCAUCACGGUGUUAUUGUUCAGGCGUUUGCUGAGAUUUGGAACUCUAUGUUUUCUCUUAAUACUGCAACUAAUUCUACUAUUAGUAACUAAUUAAGUAAUUAAUUACAAGUCUUGAUGUUAUGAUUAUUAAUAGUUUGAACUUUGAAGCUGCAUUUGAAGGAUUAGCUUCAUUUUCUAUGUAAAUUACUUGCUCUGUAGUUUUAUUUCAUCUAUUGUGAAAUGAUGUGUGUACAAAUAAGUCACUUUUUCCGAACUGAUUUUAAAUUUCUAGCUAA